AUGCAAGAAAUAUUCAUGCUGGUGGGUAGAACAUCCAGUCGCCGUUGAUUGUGAUUAGCAAUCACCCAGCAUUGAAGGCCGUGUGUUCGCCAUCGGAUCGGAUCUGUAUUUCUGCUUUCUGCCUGGAAGAAUAACACCCUGCCGAUCCAAGGAUGGACAACACUGUGCCGCCGCCGGCCAAUAAAGGCCAGAACCGUUUCUACCGGCUGUCGUCCUCCUCCACCGGCAGUGAUCUGUCAAUUAUGACGCCGGAGAACAAGGUUCCUUUUUACAAACGCUGGGUUCGCGACUACAUUGACUCGUUUAAACCCAUGGAUCCCAGUCAGCCGGUGAAGGAUGUCCACGGUCACCCAAUUCCCGCUGAUCACGAGAAGGAUCCCGAGAGUAACACUCCUAAACCGCUGCCUUCCGGCACCGGCAAUAUCGGUCUCAAGCACGAACUCAAGAACCGCCACAUGCAGAUGAUUGCUAUUGGUGGAGCCAUCGGCACCGGUCUCUUCAUCGGCUCCGGUGGGGUCCUCGCCCAAGGCGGCCCCGCCUCCCUCCUCAUCGGUUUCGCCCUGAUCGGCUCCAUGCUCUUCAACGUGGUGAUGGCGCUGGGCGAAUUAGCGGUGAUGUACCCGAUUGCCGGUUCCUUCUCCGUCUACGCCAGCCGCUUCAUCGACCCGGCCUGGGGUUUUGCCAUGGGCUGGAACUAUGCGCUGCAGUGGCUGGUGGUUCUCCCGCUGGAACUAACAGCCUCCGCCAUCACCAUCAACUACUGGACGGAUGGGCAAAUUAAUUCGGGGUAUUGGAUCGGCGCCUUCCUCGUCGCCAUCAUAAUCAUCAACUUCUUCGGGGUUAAAGGUUACGGCGAGGCGGAGUUCCUGUUCUCCAUGAUCAAAGUCAUCGCGGUACUCGGGUUCAUCGUGCUGGCCGUGGUUAUUGACUGCGGAGGCGCACCCCAGGGCGGUUAUCGUGGAGUCAAGACAUGGUCCGAACCAGGAGCUUUUAACAACGGGUUCCUCGGAUUUAUCUCUAUUUUUGUCACCGGAGCCUUCGCAUUUGGAGGUACGGAACUGGUUGGUUUAGCCGCCGCGGAGUCCGCCAAUCCGCGGAAAACCCUCCCGCGAGCCACGAAACAAGUUUUCUGGCGCGUCACAAUCUUCUACAUCGUCUCUCUGUUCCUCGUCGGCCUCCUGGUCCCCUUCAACCACCCGCAACUCCUCAACGCCAACUCCUCCGUCGACAUCACCGCCUCACCCUUCGUCAUCGCCAUCAACGAAGCCGGAAUCAAAGUUCUCCCGUCCAUUUUCAACGGCGUUAUCCUGGUGUCGGUGCUUUCGGUGGGAAACUCUUCCGUGUACGGGUCAUCCCGGACCCUGUGCGCCAUGGCCCACCAAGGCCAGGCUCCGAAGUUCUUGGGGUAUGUCGACCGACAGGGCCGUCCGCUCUUCGCCAUCAUCAUCGCUCUGGUCAUCGGGCUUCUAGCGUUCAUCAACGAAACUGCCGCUUCUGAUACCAUCUUUAACUGGCUCUUGGCCAUCUCCGGGUUAUCCACCAUAUUCACCUGGGCGUCCAUCUGCUGGGCGCAUAUCCGGUUCCGACAGGCAUGGAAAGCCCAAGGUCACACGCUGGACGAGCUCCCCUUCCGGGCGACAUUCGGUGUCUGGGGUUCGUGGUGGGGGAUCAUCUUCAACGUCGCCGUAUUAAUCGGGCAAUUCUACCUCGCCGUUGCACCGUUGGGCGGGUCCAACGAUAGUCCAUGGGAAGUCUUCUUCAAAGCGUAUCUGGCUGCACCAGUGACCUUGCUGUUCUUUGUGAUAUGGAAAUUAUGGAAGAAAACACCGUUUAUGGUUACCGGCAAGGGCAGCAGCGACCGAUUUUUCCUGUUAAAGACGGAAACCAUCGAUCUGUUGAGCGGAAGAAGAGACAUCGAUUUGAAGGAUGUUCUAGCGGAAGAAAGAGCAGCGCACGCGCAGCUGCCGGUAUGGAAGCGCUGCUAUGUUUCUUUUUGCGGUUAAUUGGCACGGUAAUGCCAAGCGAGACACAUGCUUCUCAGCCAGUCUUUCCUGGUAAAAUGCAGAAACAAGGCUAAUAAAGAUACUCUCGUAA